GUGUGUUCGUUGUAAGCAUUUUGGAUAAUAACCGCAAAAGUGUUCAUAAGAUUCAGUCAUUAAUUGAUAUUAUAUUUGAGUGUUUUGUGACCAAACAUAUGGACUAUAAGUUAGAGUCAUUUGUUUGAAAGCAAUCAUUUGUCACUUGCGAUCACCACAUGUCUGACGGCGAGAGUGAACCCAAAGGGACCCAUGAGGACGAAUCCACGGCUCCUGAACCUCCCGGUGCCGCAGACCUGACACUCCAUGAGCUGCAGUCAGAGGCCCGACAUUUGGCACAACUGGCCGUCACUUUUGAUACCAAUAAUGAUUUAGAGGCCGCUGUGUAUUACUAUAGGGAAACAUGGGAUGUACUGAACAAAUGCCUGUCCAUUACAGGCCAGUCAUCUCCCACUGCACCCGACAUGGAGGCCAAGCGCGUGGAGUACAUGACGAGAGCUCAGACACUAAUGGAUAGACUCAUGAAAAAUGAGUCAAAUCGCGGCAAUCAGUCCGUGAAUAGCGGGGAGACGUCCCAACUCUUGAGGGCCGAGUGUUUACUGCGGGAGGCCUUGGAUGAGGACCAGGAGGGC